CAGAAGAAACCUCUUUUCUGUUAUAUGGGGAAGACUGAAAUAUGGCGGACGAUCGGGAAUCUCUCAUCUGUUGCGUCUGUCUGGAUUUCUUUAAAAAUCCAGCGAUUAUUCCCUGUGGACACAUGUUCUGUAAGGAAUGCAUUACAGGUUUGUGGGAUAAAGAUGUGUGCAGAUGUCCUCAGUGCAAACACACUUUUCCCAACAGACCUGUUAUCACUGACUGGCUGCAGAUGAAGGAUCUUUCUGAGAAACUGAUGAAGAUGAGACCAAAGGAGGAGGAUGAGGAAGAUGCUGAAGCACAUGAAGUGAGCUGUGAUUCCUGCACCUCCAGAAGAACCAAAGCGGUGCAAUCCUGCCUCACCUGUGUCUCCUCAUUCUGCAGAAAUCACCUGGAGAAACACAAUGAUCUCCACGGAUGGAGAAAACACCUUCUGACCGAAGUCACGGAUCUUCAGAGCAAAACCUGCUCUCUUCAUGGGAAACUGCUGGAUGUGUUCUGUCGCACUGAUCAGAAGUGUGUCUGUGUGCUGUGUGCUAUACAUGAACACAAGGAGCACGACAGCGUCUCAGCUUCAGAGGAAAGAGCAGACAGACAGGGAAAGUUAAUGGAAACCCGUGAGAAGUUUCAGCAGAACGUCCGAGACAGAGAGAAGGAUCUGAAAGAGCUAAAGCAGGCAGAAGAGUCCAUCACAUGUUCAGCGCAGACGGCAGUCUCUGAAAGUGAGCGCAUCUUCAGUGAAGUGCUGUCCUCCGUUCAGAAAACAAGCGUCCGUGUGAAAGAACUGAUCACAGAGCGACAGAGAGAUGAACUCAGUCGCAUCGAAGGACUUCAGGAGAAAGUCCAGCUGAAGAUCUCUGACCUCAGGAUGAAGGAGUCUGAGCUCGGUCAGCUCUUGACCACUGAAGACCACAUUCACUUCCUGCAGAAUUACCCAAAAUACAUAUCCGAAAAAUCUGAAGAUCUUUCCAACAUUUCUAAAAAUCCAAAAGCCUACUUUUCCAAUGUGGAGCUGCUGCUUUCUAAAAUGCAAGAGCGAUUGCUGGAGGUCACCAAAGAGACCGAGAUCAAGAUCAGAUCUGGGGGAGCUGUGCCUCCUAAAGCUGAUGGACCUGUCUCAACUCAUUCUAUAUAGGGGAAGUCGUGGCCUAAUGGUUAG